CUGAUCCGAACCAAGUUUGAGAGCCGGCGGCCUGGACCUUCUCCAGGAGGAAAGGUACCACAAUGGAUCUUGUACUGAAUGCUGCAGAUUAUUAUUUUUUCACACCAUAUGUAUAUCCAAGUACAUGGCCGGAGGACGAAAUCAUCCGACAAUCUCUCAGUCUCCUAGUUGUAACAAAUCUUGGUGCUUAUUUUUUAUAUUUCUUUUUUGCAACUCUGAGCUAUUAUUUUAUCUUUGAUCACUCAUUGAAGAAACAUCCACUAUUUUUAGAGAACCAAGUAUAUCGAGAGAUUAUGUGUACUGUCAAGGCACUGCCUUGGAUUAGUAUUCCCACAGUUGGAUUUUUUCUGGCAGAGAUCAGAGGUUACAGCAAACUGUAUGACCGCAUAGAAGAUUCACCAUAUGGUUGGCUUGGAGUCAUUCUUAGUAUGGUAUCCUUUCUCUUCUUCACUGAUAUGGCGAUCUACUGGAUUCAUCGGGGCCUUCAUCAUAAACUUAUAUAUAAGCAUCUACACAAGCCUCAUCAUGUUUGGAAGAUUAGUUCUCCGUUUGCAAGUCAUGCUUUCCACCCAAUGGAUGGCUUCCUUCAGGGAGUACCAUAUCAUAUAUAUCCUUUCUUCUUUCCAUUACACAAAGUGGUUUAUUUAACCCUCUACAUCCUUGUGAAUCUCUGGACAAUUUCCAUUCAUGAUGGCUCCUACCAAGUUCCAAAAAUCUUAGAACCAUUUAUUAAUGGUGCAGCCCAUCACACAGAUCACCACCUCUUUUUUGACUAUAACUAUGGCCAAUAUUUCACGCUGUGGGAUAGAAUUGGAGGUUCUUUCAAGUAUCCUUCUGUUCUUAAAGGCACUGGACCAAUGCAUUAUAUGAAGAAGAUAGUUGGAAAAAAUGUAAAUGGCCAUGCAAGAAAUGGUUGCCAGGAUGAAGAGUUAUUCAAUGGAGAUAAUUUAAAGACUAAGUAAACUGAUGCCUAGUCACUGCUAAAUACCAACAUCUAUAAAGAAAAGAAAAACUUAUUCAACAGGCAUCCAAGGGAUAUUAUCACAUUGAACUCUUCUGAUGUCAUUUGAGUCAGCACUUUCAGGGCAGUUACAAUAUGAUCAUAGUGAUGGAGGAUUCUUUAAGCACCAAAAUCUGUGCCCUAAAGUUCCAACACCAGAUACUGAACUAAGGCCGGGUUUAAGUAUUCGUUGACUACCGGAAGGGCUGUGAUUCUUAAGGCCUCAAAAAAUGUACAGAAAGACAAUAAUGAAGGAUAGCAGGGUGAUUGUAUGUAAUGUACCUUAUACUCCUGUUCACUGAGGACGAUUAAUUUUGUAACCAAGAGCUUUUAAUCUAAGGGUGGAAAACCUUAUUGUGGCAGUGUUGAUUGGUCUGUUAAGGGUGGGGUGACUACUUGCAGCACUUUAUUUAAAUGAGAAUGUCUUUGUGUAAUUACAUUUUCUGGUAUAUGACAUAGCAACUAAAUAAUGUAAGCUAAUUAAUAGCCAAUGUAACAAGGUUUGCCAUCCUCCCAUACCCAGGAAACUCAUUUUGGAGGACAGUGCCAUAUGUAAAGUUCCUAGGACUCUGUGUCUUAUAGUGAAGUGAAUUUAAUUGUUUCCCUAAAUAGAAACUACCCAGGUUUUAUUUAUAUAACUUAUCCAGGUCUAAGAUUACAUAAAUAAAACUUUCAGGUGUUUUUAAACAUUUUAAACUGUAAUAAUCACUUUGGUUUAAUUGCUAGAAUCUGAAUGUACUUAAAAAGUGAAAUUUGAUAUCUGAAUAAGACUAUAUUUGACUACUAAUUUUAUAUUAAAUUGAUGCACUGCACUUUUGAUACAUGUCAAAGUUACAUACCUGAAAUUUUCUAUAAAAUGGACUUCCUAAAUAAAUAGUCAAUAUGGAAGAUUAAUUUUGCAAUUAAGUCAUUCCCCCCAAAAAGAUUUAGCUAAAUACUGUGCAUGGAAAAAUAAAUAUUAAAAAGCUAUGGUUUGCAAAAGCAUUCUAUGCAACAAUUUGUAUAAAUGUCAAUAAAAGUUAAACAUUAUUGUCAAACCAAUCCAAUUAAACCUCACAAGAUAGCAAGGA